AUGGAUUCAUUGUCUUUUCGUUUACCUCUUUGUACUUUUUACACAAAGUUUCCUGUGGGUGACGUGAGCGGCUCCACCGUCCAGAGGCAGCGGAGGGAGCUGCAGCUGCUGAUGGCCGAGCUGAAGGACCGAGACCGAGAGCUGAACGUCAUGGCCGCCUCUCAUCACAAGCACCUUCACGCCUGGGAGCAAGACCGCCAGAAGGUGCUCGCCGUGGAGCAGAAGUGUGCACGGUUACAUGAUGAGCUGCAGAAGCGUAACGAGGUGAUCCGAGUCCUCACUAAACGAGCGUGUGUGGUGGAGACGAAGGAGAAGGAGGCUCAGGAGGAGCUCAGCGCAGCCAGACAGCAGCUCUGUGAGGUGGAGCAGAAACAUCAACACGUCAGCCAGAAAUGUCAAGACUAUGAGGACAAGAACCAGAGUCUGAACUCCACCGUCAUGUCUCUGUCCUCUCAAGUCGGCUCUCUGCAGGUCAGAGAGGAAGAGCUGAGCUCCAUGCUCAAACUCAAGGACAAAGACGUGAGCGAAGCCUCCGGUCACAUAUUGGACCUCACCGAGCGACUUCGACAGGCCGAGACGUCGCUAACGGAGAGUCGCUCCAGAGAAACCAAGCUGCAGAGAGACUCAGAGGAAAAUAAACGUCGUUACAGAGAAACGAAGCACGAGGUCACAAACAUGAAAGAGGAGCUUCAGCAGCAGGUGACACAGAGCAGCACUCAGAGAGAAGAAAUCAUCCGACUCAAACAGGAGCUGCAGCUGCUGCGUAGAGACAUCGUCCUGUCAGCAUUUGAUCUUUUUUUUUUCCUCUCACCAGGGGAGGGAGACAGCUGGAGAGACGAGCUGCUGGAGCUGGCUCACUCCAAACAGGAGCGCACCAUGUCCGAGCUCCGCUGCCUGAGACAGGUGUGUGAGAAUCAGAGGAACGACCUGCAGCUCCUGCAGUUGAAUCUGGAAAGUGCUCGAGAGACAUUGAGAGAGAAGAACAGUCAGGGUUUAAUCAGCAGCCAGGAUGAGUUGAGAUGCGUCUGUACGGAUAAUCGAUCGCCUUCAUCGAUCAGAGCGAAAAACUCUAACCCAGGACCAGCACAUGAUAGUUCUCCUCUACCAGCAGCUGCUCUGCAAAACGCCGUAAACCUGGACCUGGACCUGUCGGCACACCUGAAGGAAACGGAGGAUCGUCUGUCCAGCUGUUCUCUGCAGCAGCUGUUAGAGGAGUCCAGGCAGCUUUUCACCAGCUCCGAGCACAACGCUCCGAGACUCCACAGCUCCGUGUACAACUGUGGGACCAACGAUCACUUUGUUUGCUCCCAUCGAUGUCCGACUUCCCCCCAGCAGCACCAACAACACCAACACCUGAGCCCUCCGACACACAAGAGCGGUGAAACUCCUCCUAACCCCUGCCUGAGACGCAGCUCCAUCCUGCCGUGUGGUGACACUAUGUGCUAA